AUGGGACGAUUUGUUGUGUUGAUAGAAUUCAAGGAAUUCUCUUCAUGGAUGAAUGAGCACAAGCGCAUCGAACGCUCAUUCGACGAUUGCUCCAGAUGUAUCGAUAGUUCACGUCUCGCAAAACACAAUAUCAUCGCUGUGGGAAUCAAUACGUAUCUCGCCGUUGUCGAAUGGGAUGGACUCGACGAUGAGCAUCUGAUAAUCGUGCCGACGCAACACUGCUCCAGCUCGAUCCAACUCGACGAAAACGUGUGGGACGAGAUGAGAUUAUGGCGAAAAGGACUCGUCGCACUGUGGAAAGAGCAGAAUCGAGACUGCAUUUUCUUCGAAAUGUCAAGACACGUGGAUUCCAACCCACACGUCUACAUUGAGUGUGUGCCGUUGGAGCAGGAGAUUGGAGAAAUGUCACCGAUUUAUUUUAAGAAAGCCAUCAAUGAAUGUGAAGGCGAGUAUAUGGAUAACAAAAAGUUGAUCGAGACGAAAGACCUCCGUCGCCAGAUUCCCAAAGGAUUCAGCUAUUUCGCUGUUGAUUUCGGUCUUUCGAAUGGAUAUGCUCAUGUUAUCGAGAGUCAUGACCACUUCCCGGCAACAUUUGCUACGGAAAUCAUCGCCGGAAUGCUGGAUCUGCCACCGAAAAAGUGGAGAAAACGAGAGACGGAUGAGAUGUCGAAACAGAAGUCACGAGCCGAAACGUUCAAACAACUAUGGGAACCGUAUGAUUGGACGAAACGACUCAAGAAUUCAGAAGCCACGUCAUCAGCUGGAUCCUCGUCCUCAUCGUCAUCAAAACGAUGA